AUGAAAUGCUCAACCAUGAAACAAUUAUACUUCUUCCUGAAGGGAAGAAAAUUCUCCACCACAAGUAAGGUAUUUGUCGAUAAGAAUACAACUGUGAUAUGUCAAGGGAUUACGGGAAAACAGGGAACUUUUCACACAACGGAAGCAAUGAAAUAUGGAACAAAAAUGGUUGGAGGUGUAAACCCAAGAAAAAAAGGAACAACAUGGGAAAGUCUGGAUAAAAAAUAUAAACUUCCUGUUUUUGGAUCAUGUAUGGAAGCCAAGGAGAAAACGAAUUGUUACGCAUCCGUUAUAUAUGUACCUCCAGAACAUGCAAAAAAUGCUAUAAUUGAAUCAAUUGAAGCUGAAAUUCCUUUAAUUGUUUGCAUAACUGAAGGAAUAUGUCAACAUGACAUGAUUGAAGUGAAACAUUGCUUGAACAUGUCUAAAAAGAGCAAAUUAAUAGGCCCCAAUUGUCCAGGUGUAAUAAAGCCAGAUGAAUGUAAAAUAGGGAUUAUGCCCUCACAUAUUCAUAAAAAAGGAUGCGUUGGAAUUGUAAGUAGGAGUGGAACAUUAACAUACGAAGGUGUAAAUCAAACAACCAAAAUUGGACUAGGUCAAUCAACAUGUAUAGGUAUUGGUGGAGACCCAUUCCAUGGAACCAGUUUUAUUGAUUGUCUUAAAUUAUUUCUAGAAGAUGAUGAAACUAAAUGUAUUUUAUUAAUUGGAGAAAUUGGGGGAAAUGCGGAAGAGCAAGUAGCCGAAUGGCUAAUACAAAAUAAUGUUGAUGAUGGGAAAAAAAAAAAAAAAAAAAAAAUUUUCGCAUUUAUAGCUGGAAAAUGUGCACCCCCUGGAAAAAGAAUGGGUCAUGCAGGUGCAUUAAUUAGUGGUGGAAAGGGCACUGCAGAUGAAAAAAUUCAGGCUUUAAAAGCUGCAGGUGUUCAUAUAAUUAUGAACCCAACUCAAAUGGGCCAUGAAAUACAUUCUGUAAUGAACAACAGUGUGUAUUGA